CAGGUGAAACAUCCCUUGCCUCUCCCCUAUAUAUACGCCCCCCUGCUGUGUCCCUCAGCACACACCCUCCACACAGCACAAGUCAGUCAGUAGUGACACAGCAACCUGGGGAGGGAGAAAGGGAGAGACACAGAGAGAGAGAUGAGAAGGAAGGCCAUGUUCACGGUGGGAAAGAGCAAGGGGGUGGUGGCAUCGCUGAUGCACAGGAGGCCCUUCCAGCACAUGGUGCUGAGGAGGCUCAGGGAGCUCAAGAAGAUAGUCCCCGAUGCCCGGGACGCGGACGUCGACGUGCUGCUCCGGCAGACCGCCGAGUACAUCUGCAUCCUGGAGCUCAAGGUGGCCGCCCUGCGGAGGCUCUCCGCCAUCUACGGUGCGUGACGGAUGCCGCACCUCCGUCUCAGUACGGCCCGCCCACCGCAAUGCCCAUGGUUAGAGGUUUUGAGCCCCAGAGUGGAUGCAAUUGUACAUUAGUUGGGUAGGAAGAGCAUUUCUUGCCUGCUCAUCUCUUGCACCCCCCAGAAGUACUACGUUUGUGAGCUGGCUCCUAUGUGCGGUCACAUAUAGGAUCUUGUUUAGCAAGACAAGCCGGUCAUUGUUACUGACAAGGCAAUGACUGGUGUUGGCUACAAGAACAAUUAUCUAAGCCCCUCCCUGCAUCUUAUCGAAUAUAUAGUUGUUUCUAUUCAGCUUUCC